UCCACUGUCACUCACUCAGCUCGGUGUUCUCCAAGAGAAGAUAACCUGUGAGACCGCUGAGAGUGUUGUACAUCAUGGAUGUUCUUAUUUCCUCCAUGCUGGGGGACGAUCCACAGCUGAUGGCUGAGCCGGGCGUCCAGAUCUACGAGCAGCCCAAGCAGAGGGGGAUGCGCUUCAGGUACAAGUGUGAGGGUCGCUCGGCCGGGAGCAUCCCCGGAGAGAAGAGCUCCGACAACAACCGGUCCUACCCCAGUCUGCAGAUCCUGAAUUAUUGCGGCAAAGGCAAAGUGCGCGUCUACUUGGUGACGAAGAACGAGCCGUACAGACCGCAUCCGCACGACCUGGUGGGGAAGGACUGCAAGGAAGGGUUCUACGAGGCAGAGUUCGGCCCGGACCGCAGGGUGAUCGCUUUCCAGAACCUGGGCAUCCAGUGCGUGAGGAGGAGGGAAGUGAAAGAUGCCAUCGUGCAGAGGAUGACCCGAGGGAUCAACCCCUUCAAUGUGCCACGUGAGCAGCUGCUGCAGACAGAGGAGUACGACCUGAACGUGGUUCGCCUGUGCAUCCAGGUCUUCCUGCAGGACGAGAACGGCCAAUACACCCGCCCGCUCAGCCCCAUCGUCACCAACCCCAUCUACGACAACAGGGCCCCAAACACAGCGGAGCUGAGGAUCUGUCGGGUCAACAGGAACAGUGGCAGCGUCAAGGGAGGGGAUGAGAUCUUCUUACUGUGUGACAAAGUACAGAAAGACGACAUUGAGGUGCGAUUCUUCUCCGACGACGGCUGGGAGGCCAAAGGCUCCUUCUCCCAGGCCGACGUUCAUCGCCAAGUGGCCAUCGUCUUUAAGACUCCUUCCUAUUAUAACACCUCUAUAACGGAGUCGGUCACCGUUCACAUGCAGUUGCGCCGGCCUUCUGAUCAGGAAGUCAGUGAACCGAUGGAUUUUAGAUACCUGCCCGACGACAAAGAUCCUUAUGGCUACAAUGAGAAAAAGCGCAGAAGAGAGCACUUGAUGAGGAUAUCAGGAUUGUCAGGUGCACCUUUCCCGGGUCUGACUAUGAACCGGCCAAAAGCGGUGCCACAGAGUACCCUGACUCACAUGCGAAAAGACCUCAGCAACAUGUACCUGAGGCCACAGCCCACAACUCCGAUGCCGCCGCAACAACAACCUCCUGCAUUCAACCAGUCCUUCCAACCAGGUGCUCAGAACGUUAUGAUGUCAUCAACGGCUCCCAAUGUGCCAGUGAGCCAUCCAUGGGUAAAUCCCAAUCCAGCACUCUCAAUGGAUACAGUCACCAUAAACCCGUCUGGUGCCAUGAGCAAUCUUCCACGUCCUAAUACCAGCAGGCAACAGCAGCCGAACCGCGGCCCUGGUUACCCCCACAGAGUGGAGCACAGCGGCUAUGAGAACAACACCCUCCCUCAGCUCUCCAUGAGGGACUUGCAGUGCUUGGAUACAAACCCCCAAGCUCCUGUGAUGAACCAGGCACUCUUCCAGCUGCAGCACCAAAGGGAGGAGUUGCCGUCUGAUCCCCAGACCCAGAACCAUCCACACAACCAGAACCAGGGUCUCCAGACUGCGUGGUCCAAUUUCAAUACCCUCAAUCCAGUCCAGAACACCUUUAAUGGGUCAGUAUCUGGAGGUGGAGGGGGGUCGCAGGGGCUAGCCUCUUUCUCCUUCCUCGGAGAAAUGGAAGGGGAUGAUUUUCUGAAGGGCCUGGUUGGAGUAGGGCCUCAGACUGGCUUCCAGCUGAAGCAGGAGCCCCAGACCACAGUGCGACAAGAGACCCAUGCUUCCGUCAUGCAAUCCCCAAGGGAAGGCCAAGAAACUACUUAUACCAACUUGCUUCCUCGUCCUAUGAGCAAUGGCACCACCAUGAAUCCAAUGACGCAAAAUGCUUGUAGCAACACCCAGCCUCAAAAACAUCAGGAAAUUCCGUACUCAAACAACGGCAUGGCCUCCGAAGGCCACUAUCCAACUUUGGCUGACUGGAUCAAAGCAACUCGGCAGAGCAACUAAAAGGAGUGACAUUUUUUGGUUUCAAUAAAUAGACAGAAGCAGCUAAGAGGAAUAUGCUGGACUUGUUUAGCCUUGCAAAGCCAGAAAUGUUGCUUCAUCCAUAUUGGCCCAGUAGGGCUCAGUGGGCAUUUGCUUGGGUUAUUACAUCAGUGGGCAAAUUACAUGAAAUUAUGGGCAGCCAUUUGGAAUCUAUAACCAGACAAAGGCCUUGUCCUGUUGUAGGUGCAAUUGAUUACCUACUAGUUCUUUCUUUAGCAAAGACGGUUCCUACACUUGAUUAGCCAACCAUCAUUGGUCUUUGCUUCCCAUUAUUAAUCUGGAAAGAUGCCAUUCUCCUAAAAAUGAUUAAUCAAAUUUGAUUUCUUGGUACAUUUGAGACAAGAACCAUGCAGUUUGAGAUUUUUUUUGCAUUUAUAUAUAGGACCUCUGAACUGUGUUCGGCGUUUCAAGAGGCAGCAAGAUUCACUGUCGUUCAAAUUACUUCCCCUAAUUCAUUGAUUGGUUUCCAGCUGCUGGUGUUAAGGACCUAAGUUGAUAUUUUCCAGACUAGUCAAUCAAACUGAGCUCUUAUGAGUUCAACUGACUUCUGCACGAUGAAGUACUGCGAUAAAACAUGCCUUAGGUUGUAAGGAUGAACAACAACAUUUGGUUUCCAAGCCAAAGUUAGAUUUCCGCAGAAGUGAAUGUACUACUUUCUUUUUCUUUCUCAGGUGAAGUUGGAUUCACUGUGAACAUACUGUAUAGUGUUUGAUCUUGGAAAAAGAUGGGGGGCAAAUGUAUGUUAGAUAUUUGAAAUUACAGCAGACAAUAUGGCUUAUUAUCCUGGUUUUACACUUUUUAUUGCUUUGUAAAGGAUUCUUAAAUAUUGUACUGCUUUAUUGAUUAAUUAGCAGAGUAUUUGUUGUUAAACGCGCUCUGUACAUACAUGUAAGCCAUAGUUGAGAGUGAAAGCAAUAACCAUGCUGAAACGCUCAAGAACUGGCAAGGUACUGAAAUUUCCAUUGAGGAAGUGGAAGGAACACAUUCAGUGUUGUCUUUCCUUUGUAAUGACUAUGUCAUAACAGUGAUCACAUGUGUUAUCCAGAGUUCUCAGAGCAUUUCUGCUAGAUGUUUUUAAGAUAAAGAUGUCAAUUUUGUGUUUUAUUGAUGUUUCAUUCAUUCAGCUGAGCUUAUUGAUUGCUUCAAAGAGCGCCUCGCUCCAGGACAUUGUGAUUGGACACAUGGCUGAUGAUGAACGAACUGUCAGUUGUAGUCUAGCUCUAGCUAACAUGUUGUUUUGUACUUGUAUGCCCUCCAGAAGCUUUUUGGUUGUUAAAGGAAGUAAAUAUUUUUGAUGACUACUUUGUAAGAUUUGCUAUUUUUGGAUUUUUUUCUACAAGAUCAGUUCUUAAUAAACAGAGUCUGUCUUA